ACAUUAUCAACACACACACACACUGCUAUCAUUACACUGAAGCUCUGCGGGAGCGGCGGGAAGUCGGUCCACGGCGGCUCUUCCUCUCUUGUCUUUCUGCUUUUUUUAUUUGAUUGUUUCAGGACUUUUUAUUUUUUAUUUUUUGCUUUUGUCUGUCCUCAUCUGAGCAGCUUUGAGGAUUUAUUUGCGGGCAGCUCAUUCCCGUUAAAGCUGCCUCCCAUCACCGUGUUUUCAUUUAUCUCCACCGGAUCACGCAGGGACGUAUUUUUACUUUUAUAAAAACACUUUUUUUAAUUAGUAUUUGUUGACUCGUUUCAGGAUGAAUUUAGACAAAAACUGAUUAUUAUUUCUCCUCAUGACUUCUUUAAUCCCAGCUCCGGAUUCUGAUCUGUCUAAUCUGGCUCUGAGAUUUCAGCUUUUUUUUAAAUAGUUUUGAGGGAAAAAAGGAAAAGACCCGCAAAAACCUGCGGCUCCGCUCCUCCUGUUGCUUCUCUGAAAACCCACCGGCUGCGCUGCGGUUCCUUCCUGCCCGCUCGGUUGCGCUCGGAUCUCGGUGGGAGUUAACCUGAAACCCCGCAGCCGCGGAGCAAGCACGCAAACCCCGCACCAUGCCUCAGCUGUCGGGCGGCGGCGGAGACCCGGAGCUCUGCGCCACGGAUGAGAUGAUCCCGUUCAAGGACGAGGGCGACCCGCACAAGGAGCAGAUCUUCGCCGAGCUCAGCCACUCGGAGGAGGAAGGAGACCUGGCGGACAUCAAGUCCUCCCUGGUCAACGAGUCCGAGAUCAGCCCCAACAGCAACAGCCACGACGCAGCUAGACAGUCCCAAAUAGGUCCAGAUUCGUACCAUGAAAAACACAGAGAGCACCCUGACGACGGAAAACACCAGGACAUGUACAGUAAAGGCCACCCGUACCCGGCCUACCCGGGCUACAUCAUGAUGGGCAACAUGAACAGCGACUCCUACAUGAACAACGGCUCGCUGUCGCCACCCAUGGCCAGAACGUCCAACAAAGUCCCGGUGGUGCAGCCGUCCCACGCCGUCCACCCGCUCACGCCGCUCAUCACGUACAGCGACGAGCACUUCGCCCCGGGCUCCCACUCCGGCCAUCACCCCCAGGAUGGAGGCAACAAACAAGGGAUGCCCAGGCAUCAUCCUGGACCAGACAUGCCCAACUUCUACUCCCUGUCUCCUGGAGGAGUGGGACAGAUCACGCCCCCUCUGGGAUGGUUCUCUCACCACAUGGUGCCCGGCCCCCCAGGCCCUCACGCAACAGGCAUCCCUCAUCCAGCCAUCGUCAACCCGCAGGUCAAACAGGAGCCGCCACAUGAAAGUGACAUCAUGCACAUGAAGUCCCAGCACGAACAGAGAAAGGAGCAAGAGCCGAAAAGGCCGCACAUCAAGAAGCCGCUAAACGCCUUCAUGCUCUACAUGAAAGAGAUGCGUGCGAACGUGGUCGCCGAAUGCACGCUGAAGGAGAGCGCCGCCAUCAAUCAGAUCCUGGGACGAAGGUGGCAUGCUUUAUCUCGGGAAGAGCAAGCUAAGUAUUAUGAGUUAGCCCGCAAGGAACGGCAGCUCCACAUGCAGCUCUACCCCGGCUGGUCCGCUCGAGACAACUAUGGGAAGAAGAAGAAGCGGAAGAGGGAGAAGAUGCAGGAAACGGCCACAGGAGGAAAGAGGAACAGCUUUUCCACGUGCAAAGCGAAGGCAGCAUCAUCGGGUCCUCUGCUUGAGAUGGAGGCCUGUUAGAUUCCAUGAAGACCCAAAACUCUCCGGUUCUCGGCGGGACCCCCUCCUCCUCUGCCUCCUCCGCCCCUCCACCUUCACCUCCGCCACACCGGGACAGAUUUAGCUCCUCCCUCGCCUCCUGAAGGCGCCUCCGCUCCGGAGACUGAACUGAACGAGACAAUCAGGAUUUUUAGCGGGAGCGCCGUCGCACCAAACCCUCCGUCUGUCUUCUGCACUGAAAACCCGCAGCACAGACUCCUCCUCUUCCUCCUGCUCCUCUUCCUCCUCCUCCACCGGCACUAACUUAUUCUAACUUAUUUGUCACCUGUCCGUUUUUGUAUAGUCCAUCAGGCCCUCGCUUGCUCCGACCUCUCACUGGAAACGUUUUGGGGACCGUUCCACCCGACCAAACGCCUCUUUGUUUCUGUUUUUGUUGUUUCGACAGACUGCACUAAGGAAGACGGAGGGAUCUCAUCUCGUCUCGCCAAACGACCAAGUUGAUGUGGAGAAAAAAACCGGAUCAUUUUGACUCUCUCUCUUUCUCUCUCCCUUUGCUUUAUUUAGACUGAAUUUUAUUUUGAAUGCUUUUGUUUUUGUAUCUCGUUUCAUCUUCUCGGUGUAUAUUUUAGUGAUUUUUGUUUUGUUUGGUUUUUUUUUAUAGUGGUAUAUAUGAAAAUAAGCUUUUGGACACAAGAAAGCCAUUUUUCUUGUUGGAGCGUCUUGCAGAAAAUCGAAACUUGCGGCUUCUUUUGAUAACUAUUUGUAACAAAUAGUGACCUCGGGGUCGGCUCGGAUGUAACAUAAACGCUCGGUAUGUGUACUUUUUAAAAACUGUCAGGAUAUGUUGGAUUUUUCUGGAUAUUUUUGCAGGCUACAUCAGGAUUUUAUUGCUCGGAAACACGACAAAUGAAGCAGAUAUAUAUAUUUACUCCAGCACUUGACAGUCUUUCUUUUAUUGCAAUGGACCUUUUUGUCUUUUCUCUCUCUGGUAGCUAAUAGUGUGGUCUUUUUAGCCAUGUUGUUUAUUCCAUAUCUGUAACAUUUUUUUUUAUUUUAUUUUGAUGCUCUAUUUUUAGUAUUACUUGACAAAUUAAUUUUUUUAUUAUUAUUUUAAUAUUUCGGGUCACUGUUUUUCUUGGAGGAGCAUUUUGCUUCCCAGGAAAUCAUAUUUGAAUUGUUUCAACAUGUUUUUUGUUCUUUUUUCUUUUUUUUUUAAUAAAAAGGCACCAUUGUCUCAUCUGAUGAGUCGUGUGAUGAACAGACCUGAAACCUUAACGUGCUUUAAAGCUCGAAGACCGAAAGCAACAAAAACAACAUUAAUGUACAGAUUGUGUAUAAAUUUGAAGGUUGAUUAAAGGAUAGACAUUAAAAUCUGAA